AUGGACGCUGCCACUCAACCCUUUCAAGCACGUACGCAUUUAGAAAGGAGAAAUUUAGGCGAGGCACUGCACGGAAACAUGGAGUAUUUGGUCCGUUUCGCGCAAGUUCAUGAGUCUUUUAGGAGAUCGGAAAUCGAAGCCCUUGCCAUUGUGUCAAAUGUGGAUUUGGAGAUUGUUGAGUAUGACGAGGAAUCCCCCUUCUGUAUUAUAAAAGUGCCAGAUGAAAAAGCAGCUCGGGCGCUCGUCUCCCGUAGCGUAUUGGUAAAGUCUCUUUAUGAGCUAUGGGGCAAAGGCCAGAACUAUCAAGAGUUACAUGAAGAUGUCCGACGGCGCACCGAGUCAAAAUGGCCCGAUUAUAGGACCUGCUCCUUCAAAUUUGACUUUGACUCGUAUGCUGGGAAGCGGACGUCCAAAGAGAAAAUUCCCCUGAUUCAGUCAUUUGGAUACAUGGCGUUUGAAGGGCCGAUCAUUAUGGCCGAUCCAGAUGAGACCUUUAUCAUCUUUGAAUUGUAUGACCAUCGCGUAGCUUCGUCUAGGGACAAGACGUCUCGGACUCCAAGUCCUCAGCCAGAGCCUACAAAGUUAUAUUUUGGCAGGUGGCUAGCUAGCGGCAGCAGAGAUGUGAUGGACAAAUACGACUUAAAAAAGAGAAGUUAUAUUAGUACUACGUCUAUGGACGCUGAACUGAGCUUGGUCUCUGCCAACAUUACCCUCGCCGCCCCCGGAAAAGUGUUUUAUGAUCCUUUCGUUGGAACCGGAAGUUUCUGUGUCGCCGCAGCACAUUUUGGGGCCUUCACCUUUGGUUCGGAUAUUGAUGCGCGCAGCUUCAAAGGCCAAAAGGAGGAAGGAAAGCCCAUCGGUCUCGUGAGGAACAUGCUUCAAUAUGGCUUAGAGGCCAAUUACCUAGACGCCUUUACCUCCGAUUUGACAAACACUCCCUUUCGCAAUAUGCCAAUAUUUGAUGGGAUCAUAUGUGAUCCCCCGUACGGUAUACGUGAAGGAUUGAAAGUCCUUGGAACGAGAGAAGGAAAGAAUGUAGGACCUGUUUACGUGGAUGGGGUACCAACAUAUACCUUAGAGGGUUACAUUCCUCCUAAAAAGCCUUAUAGUUUUGAAGCCAUGUUGAACGAUAUUUUGGAGUUUGCAGCACAAACUCUGGUCCCCAACGGCCGGAUUUCUUUCUGGAUGCCUACUGCAAACGAUGAAGAUAUAGAACUUGCCAUCCCUUCCAAUCGACACUUGGAACUAGUUAGUGUUUGCGUCCAGCAGUUCAAUAAAUGGUCCCGGAGAUUACUCACAUAUCGAAGAUGCCUAGAAGGCGAAGGCUCAGCCAUUGAGCCUCGAGCCAAAAUCGUUCCCGCGGGAACAACAGCGGAUGAGUUGAAUUCCUUCAGGAAAAGGUACUUCCAACGAUUCACACCCAAAGCCAACAGUUGUUCAACCCCUUGAGGGGCAACUUGAAAGCGCACCGCGACACAACAUUAAAGGUCAUUGAAUGUCUUGAAGGAAUUUAGAAAUGUAUGAAAAGAGCAUUGGCUGAAUGACAAACAUUGGUAUAUGCACAACAAAGAAUGGCACCAUAUAUGUCUUACACAGCCAGAACUCUAUGGAUCACAGCUUCUCCGCUCGAGUCUCUGUCCUUCGUCGUCGUCAAGUUCAUCGCGCUGACCCCGGCCAA